UCAGUGUGGCAGCUCAUAGGAGGGAAAACAGAAGUUAGAGUGAGAUAGAGAGCAGAGAAGAGAAGAAGAAAACAGAGACAGCCAUCUUCAGACCACAGUUUCUACCAGUCUGUAUGCGGGUUACAUACAGUCAUGGCAUCAGCAGCUCCGCCAAAAAGGAUGGUGUCCUCUGUCUUCAUCACCCUGGCACCUCCCUACCGAGCCACCGUGACACAGCAGCCGCAGCAGCCCGUGCUCCAAGCUCACAGCGGCCCUGCGAGAGACAAGCAGCACACCGCUGUGCGACUCAGUGCAAGUGAGAGCAUCCCCGCCCUGAGACACAGGAGAGAAGACCCGUCCUCAGCCGCCUGUGUGGACAGCAAAGACAAGGCUCCUGCAGGACCCUCGGCCCGAGUCGCAGACCCUCUCAGCCCCAAACCUGCUCAUUCUGGACCCACUAGAGGAAAGCUGCAGAAAGACAGCAGAGAUGAUGCAGAGUACCUUCCACCUCCUCCUUCUCCUGCCGCUCUCGUACCUUCUUCAUCUCCGAGAGCAGCUCUCCCUGAAGAAUCAACACAUCCUCCAUCUCCUGUCCAGACGCCUCUCUCACCUCGUCUGACCGCAGACCAGCAGCCAGUUAACGACAGAGAGGUGGAAACAAUCACACCAACAAGUGGGUUAAAUCAAGUUGAACAAACCCACGGCAUUCACAAGAACGGCGAAGAACCAAGCAGAGAGAGUAAAGAGGUGUGCGGCUUCUGUCGUAAGCCCGUGGAUCUCUCUCAACCCGCGAUAGAGGCCCUGAACAGGACGUACCACGACGGAUGCUUCCAGUGCAGGUCUUGUCACAUUCCUCUGGCUGGUAAACAGUAUUACAACAAGGCGGGGAUCCCACUCUGUGAAGACUGCUACCAGGCCAGUUUGGAGCUUUGUUGGGCAUGUGGAGAGGUCAUCACAGACCAUGUGAUCCGGGCUCUUGAACGAGCGUACCACCCGUCUUGUUUCACCUGCACGACGUGUAAACAACAGAUUGGAGAGCAAUCUUUUGCCCAUGGGGAAGUUGGAGAGGUUUACUGUCUCCAGGACUACUACAGGAAGUAUGCCCCGAAGUGCAGCUCCUGUAACCAGCUAAUUAUUCCUAAAGAGGACGGUACCGACAGCUUCACCGUUGAAUGUCUGGGACGCUCCUAUCAUGAGAACUGCUACAGAUGUGAGGUCUGUGUCAUUCAGCUCUCUCCUGACCCCAAUGAGCACGGCUGCUUUCCUUUGGACGGGAGGAUGCUGUGCAAAUCUUGCCAUGUGAAUCUGGUUUCUGGUCAGCACUAACACUGGCCUUUAAUUAAAAACUGGUGGAAAAGUGACAAGAGAACUGGGAGAUGAUGCAUCUGUGUUUAAGAGUUUGGCAUAUUUUUUUUCCUCCUGGACAACAAUAACAAAAGCUGUUUUUUUUUUAUUAUUAUUAUAUAACAUAUCAUGCUAUCUAAAGACCUUACUAUUCCUUUAUUUUUAAACUUGUUUUUAAAAUGUUGCACUCUAUAAACUACAAAAUGCACCAAAUAUAUAUUUAUACAACAGACUUAGUCUUAAUCAUAUAUACUGUUCUGUUUCUCCAUCACAUUAACCUUUUACAUAAAAUAUAAAACUUUAUAUAUAUAUAUAAAAAAAACUGUUAUGUUUAUAGAAAAGUAAACUAAUAUAUUUUAUCUCAUGACAUUACUUAAGACCACUCGUACAUAAUCAAUAAAUCUUAGGAUCUAAUUCACACAAUGGUACAAAAAAAACAGUGUUUUCUUGAAUGAAUAAUACAACUUUAUUUACAUUUAUGUUUUUGUUACUGGCCGGAUACUGGCGGACCAAAACUCUGUGCUGGAAGACACUUUACGCAGCUGCCUGAUUUCACGUUAUCAGACCCAGACAUGAUCUCUGUUGAUUCCAAGAAGAACUUGUUUGUUUGGGUUUAUUAUGAUGAGAUGAAUGUUGUCACUUUACUCACCUGGCUGACCAGACACAAAACACAACCUUCAGGCAUAAACUAACCUGCAUAAGAUCAUUUUGAACACUCAUUGUGGGAC